GUCAGUAGGAGAUCUUUUCCCGCUGUGAGCCGUCGUGUGCGUCGGCCAACACAGAGCAAAGUAAGCGGAGACCUGAAGCUUCAAGAUGGGGAAGAAACAGAAGAAAUCCGGAGAGGACAGUGCCAAAGAUGACAUCGAUGCUCUGGCGGCGGAGAUUGAAGGAGCCGGAGCUUCCAAAGAGCCAAAGGGAAAGAAGAAGAAGAAAGCAGGGAAGAAAGAUGACUUUGAUGAGGAUGACAUCAUGAAGGAGCUUGAGGAGUUAUCGCUCGAGAGCACAGGAGGAAAGGGGAAGAAAACAGACAUCACAGAAGAAGUAGAGAGUUUCGAGCCUCCUAAACCGGAGAAGAAGAAGACCAGAAAGGGAAAGAAGGGCGUAGCCAGCCCCGAGGAUGAGGAGGGUGAUGAUGCUGAAGGUCAUGUUGAUGGAGAAAGGAACGGAGAACAAAAGGAAAAGAAGGCCCCACCUCCUACUCCUGCUUCAGAGUCUGACGAUGACAGCAGCUCACAGUCUCGAAUGAAGGCCAAAGGAGGAAAGAAAGGAGGCAAAACAUCUUCAGUGUCCGACGAGGAGGAGGACCAGGACAAAGGUAUGAGGAAAGGAGAAGAAGGAGGCAGCGUUGGUGGAAAGGAUGACUCCGAAGACGAUGAGGAGUUCACCUCCAGGAGAGACAAGAAGAAGAAGAAAGGGAAGCCUUUGAAGGCCGAGAGCGAGGAUGAGGAGGAGCAGCAGGAGGACAAUGGCACCUUCAAAAUCAAGACGGCUGCACAGAAGAAAGCAGAGAAGAAGGAGAGGGAGAGGAAAAAGAAGGAGGAGGAGAGGAUGAAGCAGAAGAAGCAGAAGGAGAAGGAGGGCAGCGUGGAGCCAAAGAAAGAGCCAGAGAAGAAGACGGAGUCGGCGCCUCCACAAAAUGCGCCUCCUGCAGCAGUGUUGGAAGAACAGGAAGGGGCAGAGGCAGCAGCAGAGGAGGAGCCGGAGGGCGACAAAAAGAAGAAAGACAAGAAGAAGAAGAAAGGAGAGAAAGACAAGGAUGAGGACAAGAAGAAGAAGGGACCUAGCAAGGCCACAGUGAAGGCCAUGCAGGAGGCCCUGGCCAAGAUGAAGGAGGAGGAGGAGCGAGCCAAGAAAGAGGAGGAGGAGCGACAGAGGAGGCUGGAGGAGCUGGAGAAGGAGAGGCUGGAAAAGGAGCGCCUGGAGCAGGAGCGCAAGGAGAAGAAGAAGCAGAAGGCGAAGGAGAGGAAGGAGCGCCUGAAGAAGGAGGGGAAGCUGCUGACGAAGGCCCAGAAGGAAGCUCAAGCUCGUGCUGAGACCAUGCUCAUGUUGCUGCAGGCUCAGGGUGUUGAUGUGCCAUCCAGAGACAAAGAGGUGCAAAAGAAGAAACCUGUUUAUAGAGACAAGAGGAGGAAGAAGCCCGCCACCCAGACUCCUGAAGAAACAUCAGAAGUGACCUCGCCGACUUCAGAGACUCCAGAGCCAGUUGCAAUGGAAACAGAGGCUGAGGCACCGCCUGCAGAACCAGAGGUGAAGCCAGAAGCUGCUGUGGAUAACUGGGAGGCCAUUGCCAGUGACGAGGAGAAAGAAAGGAAAAUGGGGCUCAGCAGGACACGACGAGAAGCAGAGCUGAAAAAAGUCCACAUUGAGGUGAAGGAGGACAUUGCUGCUCCUCCUCAGCCUGCCGCUAGUGAGGAUGAAGAGGAGGAGGAAGAAGAGGAUGAAGAUGAUGAUGACGAGGAGGAAGAUGAAGACGAUGAGGACAGUGAGGAAGAAGCUGAAGUGGAGAAGCCAACGGUCGCAAGCCAGGGUAAGAGGAGGGCGCCGAGCGAGGAUGAAAGCAGCGAGAGCGAGGACGAUGAUGGCAGGACGAAAGAGGAGCGACUGUACGACCGCGCCAAGAGGAGGAUAGAGAAACGCCGAGUGGAGAACAUGAAGAACAUCGACUUGGAAACGCUGAGGGCACCAGUGGUGUGUGUGCUCGGACACGUCGACACCGGCAAGACCAAGAUCCUGGACAAGCUCCGGCACACCCACGUUCAGGAUGGCGAGGCUGGAGGAAUCACUCAGCAGAUCGGAGCCACAAACGUCCCGAAGGAGACCAUCGAGGAGCAGACAAAGAUGGCUAAAAACUUCAACAAAGAAAGCAUCAAAAUCCCCGGCAUGCUGAUCAUCGACACACCUGGACACGAGUCCUUUAGUAACCUGAGGAACAGAGGCAGUUCACUGUGCGACAUCGCCAUCCUGGUGGUGGACAUCAUGCACGGCUUGGAGCCUCAGACGCUGGAGUCCAUCAACCUGCUGAAGGAGAAGAAGUGCCCCUUCAUCGUUGCCCUCAACAAGAUCGACCGCCUCUACGACUGGAAGAAGAGUCCAGAAACCGAUGUCGUGGCUACACUAAAGAAGCAGAAGAAGAACACAAAAGACGAGUUUGACGAAAGAGCCAAGGCCAUCAUUGUGGAGUUCGCACAACAGGGUCUUAACGCCGCCUUGUUUUAUGAGAAUAAGGACCCCCGUACAUUUGUAUCGUUGGUUCCUACGUCAGCCCACAGUGGUGAUGGUAUGGGAAACCUCAUCGCCCUAUUGGUUGAGCUCACCCAAACAAUGUUGGCCCGGCGGUUAGCGCACUGUGACGAGCUGCGAGCUCAGGUCAUGGAGGUAAAAGCGCUGCCCGGUAUGGGAACAACAAUAGAUGUCAUCCUGAUUAACGGUCGUCUGCGGGAAGGAGAGACCAUCAUCGUACCAGGGGUGGAAGGGCCCAUCGUCACGCAGAUCAGGGGGUUGUUGCUGCCACCUCCACUGAAGGAACUCAGAGUGAAGAACCAGUACGAGAAGCACAAGGAGGUGUCGACGGCUCAGGGUGUGAAGAUUCUGGGGAAAGACUUGGAGAAGACGUUGGCGGGGCUCCCCCUGCUGGUGGCUCACAAGGAUGACGAGAUCCCCGUCCUAAGGGAUGAACUGGUGCGAGAGCUUAAGCAGACUCUGAGCUCUAUCAAACUGGAGGAGAAAGGUGUUUACGUCCAGGCAUCGACGCUGGGAUCGCUGGAGGCUCUGCUCGAGUUCCUGCGGACAUCCAAAGUCCCCUACGCUGGCAUUAACAUUGGCCCAGUUCAUAAGAAGGAUGUGAUGAAGGCGUCAACCAUGUUGGAGCACGACCCGCAGUACGCGGUGAUCCUGGCCUUCGACGUGAAGGUGGAGCGGGAGAGUCAGGAGAUGGCUGACAGUCUGGGAGUUCGCAUCUUCUCUGCUGAAAUCAUCUACCACCUAUUUGAUGCUUUCACCAAGUACAGAGAAGACUACAAGAAGGCCAAACAGGACGAGUUUAGGCAUGUUGCCGUGUUCCCAGUGAAGCUGCGAGUUCUUCCUCAGUUCAUCUUUAACUCCCGAGAUCCCAUUGUGAUGGGCGUCACAGUGGAGGCUGGAGUCCUGAAACAGGGAACGCCCCUCUGCGUCCCCAGCAAAGCGUUUGUGGACAUCGGUGUGGUCACCAGCAUCGAGAUAAAUCACAAGCCCGUUGACACUGCCAAGAAGGGCCAGGAGAUCUGCAUCAAGAUUGAGCCAAUCCCAGGAGAGUCGCCAAAGAUGUACGGGCGCCAUUUUGAAGCCACAGACAUCAUCGUCAGCAAGAUCACACGGGCGUCCAUCGACGCUCUGAAGAACUGGUUCAGAGACGAGAUGCAGAAAUCUGAUUGGCAGUUGAUCAUGGAGCUGAAGAAGACCUUUGAGAUCAUCUGAGGGACCUGAACUACAAAAACACACACUCGCUCUUCCUCCAUUAGACGACAAGGCAGCGGCGGCGACCAACGGAGGAACAAAGAGAAAAAAUUGAAAAGAGAAAAAAAAAAAGCAGAUAAAAGACGUGACAGUGUUUUUCUGUGAGAAACGAACAGUUUUUUCCACUGUUGUAAACAGUGAUAGUUUAGACAUAAUUCUCACACACACACACACACACACACACACACACACACAGUAUUCCAACGUGCCUGUUCUUUAGCAUCAACGUUUUUGUUUUUUUUUUUCCUUCUUGUUGUCUGCUCUGAUAUGUGGCUGCUGCUUCGUAUCCCAGGCUCCGCCCCUUCUUACCCAGACUGAGGCUCACGAGCUUAAUGAGGCUGAUGUGCCACCUGAACAGGUGCAUUAUGGGAUUGUGCUGUGCAGCACCAGGCCUCAAAAGGGAAACAGUUUUUCUGUUUCUUCUUACAGCAUCAGUGAGGACGGCGCCGACUUUACAGACAUUGAAGAGUUGACUUUCUCUUUGCUGUCCUGCUCGGCGGCCAUGUUGGGAGGCCAGGUUGGCGUGGGAUGAUGGGGUGAAUGACAGAUUUUAAACUGUUUUUGCUGCAACUGCUGAUGUAAUAAAUUCCCAUGAUUCUGACGAAA